AUGGAUGCCGAUUACGGAAUUCCCAGAGAGCUUUCUGAUCUGCAAAAGCUCCGUUCUCAAUACCAACCAGAGCUUCCUCCUUGCCUUCAGGGGACUACUGUUCGUGUUGAAUUUGGCGAUGCGACUACUGCUGCUGACCCAGCAGGUGCUCACACCAUAAGUCGCUCCUUCCCUCAUACAUAUGGUCAGCCUUUGGCUCACUUCCUUAGGGCUUCAGCCAAGGUUGCUGAUGCUCAGAUCAUCACUGAUCACCCUGCCAUUAGAGUUGGUAUAGUUUUCUGUGGCAGACAAUCUCCCGGAGGCCACAAUGUUGUUUGGGGUCUUCAUGAGGCUAUUAAAAUUCACAACCCCAAAAGUGUUUUACUUGGAUUUUUGGGUGGUUCUGAAGGUUUAUUUGCUCAAAAGACCAUAGAAGUCACCGAUGAAGUUCUUGCCACUUAUAAAAACCAAGGUGGUUACGAUUUACUUGGAAGGACAAAAGAUCAAAUCAGAACUACCGAGCAGGUCAAUGCUGCAUAUGAAGCAUGCAAAGCUUUGAAGUUGGAUGGCCUCGUUGUCAUUGGAGGGGUAACUUCAAACACGGACGCUGCUCAGCUUGCCGAAACAUUUGCUGAAAGAAAAUGCCAGACAAAGGUAGUGGGUGUCCCUGUUACACUCAAUGGAGAUUUAAAGAAUGCAUUUGUUGAGACAAAUGUAGGUUUUGACACAAUCUGCAAGGUUAACUCCCAGCUCAUUAGCAAUGUCUGUACUGAUGCUCUCUCUGCAGAGAAGUAUUAUUAUUUCAUCCGACUCAUGGGCCGAAAGGCAUCACACGUUGCCUUGGAAUGCACCCUUCAGUCGCAUCCAAACAUGGUAGUUCUUGGUGAGGAAGUGGCUGCAUCAAAACUUACACUUUUUGACAUAACCAAUAAAAUUUGUGAUGCAGUUCAAGCUAGAGCUGAACAAGACAAGUACCAUGGUGUGAUUUUAUUGCCAGAGGGGCUUAUAGAAAGCAUUCCUGAAGUAUAUGCUUUAUUACAGGAAAUCCAUGGUUUGCUCAGACAAGGUGUUUCCGUUGAUAGCAUUUCCUCUCAGUUGUCACCUUGGGCAUCUGCAUUGUUUGAAUUCUUACCACCUUUUAUAAAGAAACAGCUUCUCCUCUAUCCAGAAUCUGAUGAUUCUGCACAGUUAUCCCAGAUUGAGACGGAGAAACUCCUUGCACAUCUUGUUGAAGUUGAAAUGAACAGGCGAACGAAAGAAGGAACUUACAAGGGAAAGAAAUUCAAUGCAAUCUGCCACUUUUUUGGUUAUCAAGCUCGUGGUUCUUUACCAUCCAAGUUCGACUGUGAUUAUGCCUAUGUUCUUGGUCAUAUCAGCUAUCAUAUUCUGGCUGCUGGUUUAAAUGGCUACAUGGCAACUGUGAAUAACCUUAGAAACCCAGUCAACAAGUGGCGUUGUGGUGCUGCUCCAAUAACAGCUAUGAUGACCGUUAAGCGCUAUGGUCGUGGUGCUGGAACACAAUCCCUUGGAAAACCUGCCUUGCAUCCUGCAACUGUGGAUUUGAAGGGCAAAGCUUACGAGUUGCUGAGCCAAAAUGCGACAAAGUUUUUAUUGGACGAUGUCUAUAGAAACCCUGGACCACUUCAAUUUGAUGGACCUGGUGCAGAUGCUAAACCUGUAAGCUUGUGUGUCGAGGAUCAGGAUUAUAUGGGUCGCAUCAAGCAAUUGCAAGAAUAUCUUGACAAGGUGCGUACCAUCGUGAAGCCUGGAUGCUCUCAAGAUGUUCUUAAAGCUGCCCUAAGUGCCAUGUCGUCAGUGACUGACAUUUUGUCCGUGAUGUCCUCACCAUCAAAUGUUGGGAAUACGCCCUUUUAA